GCCACCGCCGGCCUCUCCAUCACCGCCGGCCUCUCCAUCACCACCGGCCCCUCCGCCGCCGCCCCCUCCGCCAUGAACUCGCUGCUCUUCGGGGAGAUGGCCCGCGCCUUCUCCCCCACCGCCGCCGCCGCUUCCUCCUCCUGCCCGCUGGGCCCCGGCGGCGGCGGCCCCGCGGCAGCCGGGGGGGGGCCGCCGGUGACGGCGGCGCUGCGGAACGACCUGGGCUCCAACAUCCACCUGCUCAAGGGGCUGAACGUGCGGUUCCGCUGCUUCCUGGCCAAGGUGCACGAGCUGGAGCGGCGGAACCGCCUGCUGGAGAAGCAGCUGGCGGCCCAGCAGAGCGAGCGCGACCGCCGGCUGCGCUACAAGACCUUCUCCCGGGACCAGGCGGUGCAGACGGACGGCGGGACCCCGCCGCUGGUGCCGCCGCCGGGCCCCGGGCACGGCGCGCUGCCGUCGCCGCCGCACUACGGGCGCCUGCCCGGCACCAUCUGGAGCUACACCCAGGUGCGGCGCACCGGCGGCGGCGGCCUGGAGACCGUGCAGGGCCCCGGCGUGUCCUGGGUGCACCCGGACGGCGUCGGGGUGCAGAUCGACACCAUCACCCCCGAGAUCCGCGCCCUCUACAACGUGCUGGCCAAAGUCAAGCGGGAGCGCGACGAGUACAAGAGGAAAUGGGAAGAGGAGCUGACAAGAAGGAUGAGCCUGGAAUCCAUGGUGGAAACCUUGAGAGAGGAAGCCCAGGAAGCAGAAGCUCUCCAGGAGGAGCUGAAUGAGAAGAUUGAGAGGCUGAAAGCAGAGCUGGUGGUCUUUAAGGGUCUGAUGAGUGAUCCCAUGACAGACCUGGACACAAAGAUCCAAGAAAAGGCCAUGAAGGUGGACAUGGACAUCUGCCGCCGAAUCGAUAUCACGGCCAAGCUGUGCGAUGUCGCGCAGCAGCGCAACUCGGAAGACGUUUCCAAGAUUUUCCAGGUGGCUUCCAAGAAGAAGGAGCGGAAGCUGCCGUCGGACGAGGAGCUGUCGGAGCAGGACGCGGACAAUGGGAGGUUCUCCGAUGAUGAGGUCAGCUGCUCCCUCAACAUCACGGAUGAGAUGAAGAGGAUGUUCAACCAGCUCCGGGAGACGUUUGAUUUCGAUGACGACUGCGACAGUUUAACGUGGGAGGAGAACGAGGAAACGCUGCUGCUGUGGGAAGACUUCACCAACUGCAACCCCUCCAUUGACCUCCAAGGAGAGGAAGAAAACCUGGGAAACUUGAUCCACGAGACAGAGUCGUUCUUCAAAACGAGAGACAAGGAAUACCAGGAGACAAUAGGGCAGAUAGAGCUGGAACUGGCCACAGCCAAGAGCGACAUGAACCGGCACCUGCACGAGUACAUGGAGAUGUGCAGCAUGAAACGGGGCCUGGACGUGCAGAUGGAAACCUGCAGGAGGCUCAUCAAGGGCUCAGCUGACAGGAAUUCUCCAUCCCCCAGCUCGGUAGCCAGCAGUGACUCAGGAAACACAGAUGAAAUUCAGGAUGAUUUGGACAGAGAGACGGACGUGGAGCCCAUGGUCAGCUGAUAGCAAGUGGGAGCAUUCCAGUCAAGGGGAAGAUGGAGAGAGAAGAUUCCAAACCAAUUGCUGGGGGAAAGGUGAAAGACUCGAGAGCCCCUGCAGAGGGACUCUGAGGACUCAUUCCUACACGCAUCCCCUCCCAGCCAAGGAUUGGUGCUGUACAUUUCUAUUGUUCUACAAACCAUGAAUGCAGAGUCCUGUAGGAAAACACGGUGUUUUAAUUGUGCCUUUGCCCCAAGCUGAGCCACUUUGAGCUCCAGUGGAAUAUUAAUAGCAGGUGUUUUUAUAAAAUAUAUUAUUAAAAAAAAAAAAACAACCAAAGCUGGUGGCAGCAGAGGAUGGUGCUGCAGAGGCUCUGGGUACUUCAAUAAGCUGCUGGUUUUAUUGACCUGCUGCACUGAUUGGCAAAAGCAACAUUGGCAAAAAGAGCAGCAAAACCAAGACAAUUGUGGUGCAAUUACCAAUGUCUGGCACAAGAAAAAAAAAAUAAUUGCCUCCAAAUGGAACUGCAAACAUUUAAAAAUAACAGCGGGUUUGGAGACAGCUCGCAGGGUGAAGCAGUUCUACAAAAUUCAGAGGGUUUUCUUCAUCCCACCUUUUGGGGUGAGGGAGCCCUUGGGACAUGUCCAAGGUCUCUUCUGGACUCCAGGACCUGGAGGAGCAGGACUCAGCUCGGUGGCAAAGCAGGGGGGCACAGGAGGGGUCACUGGGGGGGACUAUCACUGAGUAACUUCUAUGCAAAAACAAAAAAAAAGCUCGCCUUAUUUAUAUGGAAUGUUUGGUCUCUGCUGGGCUACAGUUAUCCCUUGGGAAAAGGAAAGCUAAACCCACAUUUGCACACUUAGAUGUCUGUAGAGCUUCUUUUGAGGUGGAAUGUUGUAUCACAACACCUUUGUUUCCAGUGGUUGGAUUAGGAGGGGAGUCAGCCCUGGUUUGUGUCUUUCUUCAGGGUUUUUUUUUUUUAGUGUUUGCAGAUUUUCCUUUGCUGACAGAGAGAUAACUCCAUUUUAUGCUGCUUCCAUGAUGUGUAGAGCAGGGCAGUUGAAGCAUCAGGAUAAACUGACCUAGGUGUGGGCUGGAGACAGGACUUUGGGAGAGGUCCAGACCACUGUUCUUGGGGAAAGCUGAACACUGGGAAAUGCUGUAAUCCUUUUUAGGGCGUAGUAAACUGAAUCCCAAAGUGCUGCUGCCCUAGAACUGGGGAGGGACAGCCAUGUACUUUCUCUGUGAGAAAGUGGCAAGACCUUGGCUUUGCCCAUCUUUCUGCAUUUUUACCCAGGAGAAGCAGCAUCAAAGUCGGAUCACGCGGUGGUGGCUGAGGAAACCCCAGCCCACCGAGCUCUUCAUGGUUAGAGUGGGAAUUGUAGCACCUCAGCCAGGUAAAAACAGGGUAUAAACCUUAGCCAAUAACUUCUUGUUUGUUUUUAAACCAAGAUUGAGAGUGUAGUUGUUACUGCCCAAAGCCAGCUGUGGGGUUAAGCAGUGGUUGGAACUCAGAAUAAAUACCAAAUGUGUUGUUCUGCCGGCCAGGAAGCUUGGGAAGUGCUGUGCAGGAGCAGUGCUAGGGCUGGACAGGGAAAAUCCCGAUUUCUGCACCCUCUCAGUGUUAGGGAAAGGCAAAGUGGCCAAUCCUGGGAGCUUCCUGAGUGGUGUUCCCAAGCCUCUGGAUCUCUGGAGUUGCACUGCAAGCAAGCAGCCAGUGCAGAUCCGUGCUGCUCCAUUCCAUAAAGAGCACAGGUCUCUUGGAAAAUGGCUCAUUCCUGGGUGGGAACUCCUCAGUCUGGCGUGGCCAGGGAGGGGGCAGGACCUCGUGGGGUUCCUGAUGGAGCUGUGGGCACAGGAAUGUUUCCCCUCCUGUGCUGCUGCCUGGCUGUCAGCUCCAUCUCCUGCUUGGACACGGUGCAGCUUUGAAGCCAACGAGCUCCCUGCCUUUUCCAGGCUGGAAAGAGGGACCAGGAUGAUCCAUCAGCAUCCACAGCGUGCAGGGCACGAGCCACAGCUGAUGGCUUCUGUCCAAGCCCAUGGAUCCAGGGGUAUUCCUGUGGUGUCCUUACUGGUGGCACUGCUCAGUGCAGAGUAGGUGACAACUCCUUGGAUCCUGGGGUGAGGGCUUUCCAAAGCCUGUCUGUCCUGUAAAUGUAGAUAACUUUUCUCUGGAAGAGAAACCUCAUUCCAAAGUGCUCAUUCCUGUUAUUUCUUAGGUGGCCAAAGUGGUAAAUGUGAUGUUCACUAGGGCUGCAAGCUGGGAGUGGGUUGUGGGGGGAUUUGGGGUAUUUUUUGGGCUGGGACUGCAUGUUUGAAGUCUGCAAUUUGAAGGGGUUUGAAGGGUUUUGAACUUCAGCUGCUCACGAGGAGCCUCUCCCAAGGCUAAGGAAGUGUCUGCCAUGUCUGGAUGUCUGUGAUGCUUCAGUGGCUGGGGCAGGCAUUGCUCAGCACAGUGAAUCAGCUCCUGGAGCCUGACCCUGGCUCCCUUCCCCCCAGAGCCUGCCCCUGGCUCCCCUCACCCUGAAAUGCUCCUGGCACCACAGCCCCAGAAUGUCGGGGUUGUGCCGCCCUUCCGCUCUGGGUUCGUUAUUUUUCAUUAAAACUGAGGUAGGAAAGAGGCUGAGUGUUCCCAAACCCAGGAGCUGUUUGUGCUGAGGAUAGGGAAUCCCCACAGCAGGAAUUGGGGUGUAGGGUGGGCAGGAGCACCCGCAGUGGGUGCUGAGGGCAGGGAAUUCCCACAGCUGGAAUUGGGGUGUAGGGUGGGCAGGAGCACCCGCAGUGGGGUGGGUGAGAGGGAUGUGGGGUGUAGUAAAGGGUGUAGAACUCAUGUGCACGGUGGUGAUGUGUAGGACAGUAGAGGUUCCCAUGGGUGUUGGUGUCUUUCUUGUAACCACAUGUAAUCCAUUUUUAAAGAAGAAAAGGUGUUUUCAUGCUCGGGGUCGGGGUUUAUUUUCAUUUAGGCUGGACCAGCCUUUUGGGGGCAGCUGGGGUUGGUCCUUGGGGGUUUCCCUGGGAGGUCGUUGGUUCCAAGUCCAGCCGUGCUGCUGCUCCUGCUCCGUGUGUGUGGCACCACUCCAGAAACCAGAUCAGAGCUUGCCAGAGAAAAAAAAAGAAAAAAAGGAAUUUAAUUGUAAAAAUGCUGGAAAUUAUCUUGAUGACCUCUUUCUUUUUUCCUUUGUAAAGCUGUAAAUACUUUAGUUUUGUUUUCUAUUCUUAAUGCGGUGUCAUAUUGACACUUUUUUAGAUUUACAGUCAGAAAAUCCUCCUCAUCGUUUCUCAUUUUUUAAAAGGGGAUUUCAAGGAAGCAAAUUUUUUUGCUCGCUAGCAGUGUAAUAAUAGAUCAAAUUCCUAAACUGGGUUUGUACAAAAAUGUUUUCAGUAAACAAAUGGCAGUUUGUGGAUGCAUGUUGUUCAAAAAUGUCCAAAGAAUAACGUGGUACAAAUGUUUUAAAGAAUAAUGUGGUACAAACAUGUUUUUCAAAACUUAGUGAUUAUCAUCUUAGUUCACACAAGGAAAAAAGCAAAAUUCUUUUAAAAAAAAAAUGUUUGGGGGGGAAUGUAAUGAAAGUCAUCUAAGCUAAAUGUGUAAUCUAUUUAUAAAAACACAGUAUAUAUUCUAUUUUUAUCAGAGGUUUUUAAAGUGCAAACAGAUUUCUGUUGGCAGAUGCAAUCGUUCCCUUGUAAAGUCUCUUCUGCUCUAUGGGACCCCCAAAUUCUCUGAUGGUUCCAAGAGUCAACGUGGAAAUAACCGGGACAGGUUUGGCUGUGGAGCACUCACAGGUGGCUUCCUCCAGGGGAGGCUGCAGGCUCAGCAUCUCUUCUGCCUCUGCAGAAUUGUUGCUGUGAUUUUAUUCCCUUCCCUGUGAUUUUAUUCCCUUUCCCUGACUGGGAGGAUGCUCCUGGAAAGGGUCAGGACCUCCUGGAGCGCGGCAGAACAGGGGUUAAACUCUGCCUCAGCCUGCAGAAUAUAAAAAUCAAACAUAAAUUAUAUUUGUACCUGGAGAAAUUGGGAUUAACUCAACAAAACCAAACAACAGAUGGGAAUCAUGCCUGAAUAUGCAUCCAGAGCUGCUUCUGAAGUGAGAUUAUAUUAAUUUUCUUUUCCAUGAUCAUUCCUGCCAGCAAAACCACGAGCUGGCUGUGGAGGGGCCGUGGGUGCUCCCAGAGCUGUUCCCGGUGUUUCCCUUGGCCCUGGGAACACGGCAAGGAUGUUUGUGUUGGAAGAGCUGCAGAGCUGGGAGGUCUCAUGUUCGAGUGCUUCAUUUUAGAGACGAGUGUUUAAGGAAUGAUUUAUCCCAGCUAAAUUAAGACAUCCCAGCACUUCCACGAGGCAGGAACACCCCAGUGAGGAUUUUCCACCUUUGGCUUCAGGACUUUUGGGGUUUUUAUCCUUCUUCUCGGCUGCAGGGGAGCACACAGCUUUUAAAGCUCUUUGCCUUUGGGAUUGCCACCCAAACGCUGGAUUGUAAGCUUUUUAGUGGGAUGUAAUUUGGGUCUGUUUGAGUUUUAACUGAGAAACAAAAUUACCAAGGAGGCAACAGGCGGUGUCCUGGUGGGAAUAACAGCAGAGGUGAGCUGGGAGCACUGCCUGCCAAAUUCUCCGUGGGAAUGGGAUGCCAGCCCCUCUCCCUGCAGAGGGAACGCUCAGGCCUCGGCCAGGCCCUUGGCAGAGCAGUGGAGAAGCACUUGAGCCUUCCCUUCUGUCUUUUCGUGUGAGUUCGGUGUCCUCAGACCCUUCUGCCUUCGCAGGAGCCUCUCAAAGCUUCUCUUUUGAAGGAGCAACAAAUGGUGUUUAAAUGUGGGUAUUUGAUUGCAGAAAUCACCAUUCCUCCCUAAUCUGAGGCACUCCAACAGUGAAGCACGGGGGAAGGGGGCGCUUGUCGGUCUGGCCAGCUCCCUUUUUUGGGAAGUGAUGAUGUUAAAGCUUAAAACAACCCCUGGGGUGGCUUUAAACCGCUGUCAUCUCUGUGGCAGAACAGCCCAGACCACGGUGCCACAAACCCGGUGGAGCUGCCCAGACUGCCACCCCGAAACCCCAAAUUUCUGUUUUAUUGGAGAGGGUUUGAGGGCGGUCCAACCUCAGUCGCUAAAACACACUCCUUCCUGUGACCUGGUUUCACCAAAAAACUCACAAUCCAGUCUCUAAAACACCUUCCUGUGGUUAAAGUAAAUGUAGCGACCUUCAGCCAAAAAGAUUAUUUAUUAUUUAUCGUGUUCGAGUGGGGGGGUAUUGAUGCCUCUUCCCUCCUGCUGUGUCACUUCUUCAGUUCCUCUUUAGGUCACUUAAGAGUUUCUUUUAUCCCCACGACAACGAACUGCUGAUGGUGUGAGAACGCCCCUGGUUACCGUCCCCGUGUAAAUAUUGUGCUUUAUAUUCUGUAUAUUAGCUAAUUUUAAGGGAAAAGACUGGACUGGUGAUGCUGUUGGAUAACCCGGGUGGGGAAAGGCCAGAGGAUGAGCCAGCUCCCGGGCUCUGGGGCUGGAAUUCUGUGCUGGGAACCCGCAGCAGCUGGAAUGGGACACCACCAGUGGAUUUGGGACCAUGAAACGCUCCGAGAAUCCAAUCCACGGCAGGAGGAGCCCUGAGAACUCCCUCAGCCAGAGCCAGAACCACCCGCCCUCCUCUGAGCUCGGCAGAUUUGCUCCGUUUUCCUUUUUUUAGUGCCAAAACCGACCCCAUCACCCCCUCGUAGGUCUGCUGGUGGCUCUCCGUGUGCUGCUGCAGUGUCCAGCGGUGUCCAGCUGUGUCCAGCUGUGUCCAGCCGUGUCCACCCCUCCGUCCUGCCCGGGCCGGGGCUCAGCCGGUGCCGGACCCCAGGGGCGGGAGCUGCCCAUGGAACAGGUCCCAGUCGGUCUCUGGUGACGAUGAAAUCCACAAAAAACUAUAAAAUAAAUACCGAACUCCUGGUUGAA